ACGACAGUCUAACAAUCAAUAUGUUUGCACUGUGUUCUCCACGCGAGCUCGUUGGCUCGCAGUUAGUUCGUUGAUUCUUCGUUUAUAACGUCAAACUAUUUUUUUCCUUCUUUCUUUUCCAUUCUAACGCCCCGAUCGUUGUUGGAGUGAUUUACAAUUGAUCAUCAUCAUUGCCCACCGAAGCGCAGGAGGAGGAUAGCGGACUGCGAUUUUGAAAUCGUCGAACGCGCGGAUAUCCCUGGACAGGAACAGCGAGCUGUAUAGCCGAGGGGAAAGUUCGGAUAGUGGAUAUUCGAACACGGCUACGGCAACGGCAGACCAGAACUCGAGGACCCCGACGGCCUUGGCGUCGGCACCAUGAUAGAUCCGAGCUCCUCCGAGGAGGAGACAGACGAGGAUCAGAACCACCAUCGCGGGGGAGACGGUAGUUCGCACGGCUCCCACGGCUCCCACCACCAUCAUUCUCACCCUGGUGGUGGCGGGGGUGGCGGGUCCGUCGGACCGACCGGAAGUAGCCUUGGUUCCGUCGGAGGUGCCAACCAUGUCGGGGGUCACGUGAGUUCCUUGGGGACUCACGGCGGCAGUGUUCAUGGUCCCCAUGGAAGAGGCUCCAUGGGUUCACCGGCGCUGGCCGCUCAGCAGGAGGCCGUCGCCGCUGGCCUCGAUGUGCCCAAUUUGUCAAGUGCUCGGAACUCUUUGUCACCCUCGAUGGGCGCUGCUCAGGACGCGAUCAACUACGCCCGAUCCUCACCCAGACCGACGAGCCCUUCACCGUCUAUCGCUAGCGAAAAAACCGAGGCCGAAUUACAAGAAAAAUUGGAGCGCGAGGAAGAGGAACGCAAGACGAGAAUACAGCUGUACGUCUUUAUCUCGAGGUGCAUCGCUUAUCCUUUCAACGCCAAGCAACCCACUGACAUGACGCGGAGACAGAUGAAGAUUACUAAACAGCAAUUAGACACCUUGGGUGCUCGCUUUCAAAGUUUUCUGAAGGGCGAAACUCAGAUAAUGGCCGACGAGGCGUUUCACAACGCGGUGAAGAGUUACUACGACGUAUUUCUGAGAUCCGAGAGGGUAGUCCGUAUGGUGCAGAGCGGUGCUUGCUCUCAGUACGACUUCCGCGAGGUGUUUAGGAAGAACAUUGAGAAGCGUGUUCGAUCCCUUCCGGAAAUCGAUGGUUUGAGCAAGGAAACCGUCCUUACCUCUUGGAUGGUCAAGUUCGAUUGUAUAUUCAAAGGAACGGGUGACGAGGACUCGAAACGGCCGUCGAGAAUGCAACAGCAAUCGUUAAACUCCGAGUUGAUACUAUCUAAGGAACAACUGUACGACAUGUUCCAACAGAUUCUUGGGAUUAAAAAGUUCGAGCAUCAGCUUCUGUUCAACGCCCUCCUGUUGGACUCAGCCGACGAACAGGCUGCCGCCAUCAGGAGGGAGCUGGACGGUCGCGUGCAGAAGGUUAACGAAAUGGAGAAGGACCGGAAGCUAAUGCCGCGGUUUCUCUUGAAAGAGAUGGAGUCGCUCUACAUCGAGGAACUCAAGUCGUCUAUCAACCUGCUAAUGGCAAAUUUGGAGUCCUUACCGGUCUCCAAGGGUUCGAUAGACAGCAAAUAUGGGCUGCAGAAGCUGAAGCGCUACAACCAUCGUGGUGAGCGCUCCCGCUGCCGCAGUCAGGGUUCUCUCGUUAAGCUGGAGGGCGACUCCGCCGACUCCGACCCCCAGCUGACAAAGAUGGAUGUCGUGUUGACUUUCCAAUUGGAAGUAAUCGUGAUGGAAGUCAAAGGUCUCAAGAGCCUUGCGCCAAAUAGAAUAGUAUACUGUACGAUGGAAGUUGAAAGUGGCGAGAAGUUGCAAACAGAUCAAGCCGAAGCUUCGAAGCCCAUGUGGGACACUCAGGGUGACUUUUCAACGACACAUCCACUUCCAGUUGUCAAAGUAAGAUUGUACACGGAAAAUCCUGGCAUGCUUGCUCUCGAGGACAAGGAAUUGGGCAAGGUGAUAAUACGACCAACGCCGUUGUCCUGCAAAGUGCCCGAGUGGCAUCGCAUGACGGUGCCGAAGAAUAAUCCCGAUCAGGAUCUUCGUAUAAAGAUCGCAUGCCGGAUGGAUAAACCGCUGAACAUGAAACACUGCGGAUAUCUUUAUGCGCUGGGAAAGUCGGUUUGGAAAAAAUGGAAGAAGCGGUACUACGUGUUGGUCCAGGUCUCGCAGUACACAUUUGCGAUGUGCUCGUACAAAGAAAAGAAAAGCGAGCCUUCGGAAAUGAUGCAACUCGAUGGCUAUACAGUGGACUAUAUCGAGGCCGCUUCUGCUAACUUGAUGGUCGGCAUGGAUCUCGAAGGCGGAAGAUACUUCUUCAACGCCGUUCGGGAGGGAGAUAACAUAGUGUAUGCUUCGGACGAUGAGAACGAGUGCCAUUUAUGGGUAAUGGCGAUGUACCGAGCGACGGGACAAUCGCACAAACCUACACCGCCGGUUUCCGUCGCCGAUAAAAACUCAACGAUAAGUAAAAUCCAAGGAGACGCUGACAGAGCGCGAAAACACGGAAUGGAGGAUUUCAUCAGCGCGGAUCCGUGCAAAUUCGAACACGCCAUACUUUUCAAAAUGUUACAGAACCUGACCCUCGAUUACAGACUGAACGAUCCUUACAGUUCGCUCGGAUGGUUUUCACCUGGGCAAGUUUUCGUACUGGACGAAUAUUGCGCUAGGUACGGAGUCCGGGGAUGUUUUCGACAUCUCUGUUACCUGAGCGAUCUGUUGGACAGAGCUGAACAAGGCAUAAUGAUAGACCCAACGCUGAUUCACUACAGUUUCGCAUUCUGCGCGAGUCACGUUUACGGCAAUCGUCCCGACGGCGUUGGCUCCAUAACUCAAGAGGAGAAAAAUAAAUUUCAGGAAGUGAAGGAACGGCUCAGACUCUUGCUGGAAAAACAAAUCACUAAUUUCAGGUUUAGCUUUCCGUUCGGGAGACCGGAAGGGGCGCUGAAAGCAACGCUUUCGUUGUUGGAACGAGUCCUUAUGAAGGACAUCGUGACGCCCGUACCCCCCGAGGAAGUUCGUGAGAUGAUAAGGUCAUGUCUGAACACGGCAGCCUUGGUAAAUUACACACGGCUGUCGGCGGAGGCUAAAAUAGAGGAUGACCUUAGCGGCGAGGUCUGCGUAUCUCCGGGGAAGAAACUCGAGGAUCUGAUACACCUUGCCAAUCUCUGCGUCGACUUGUUGCAGCAAAAUCAAGAACAUUAUUCGGAGGUAGCGUUUGCCUGGUUUAGUGAAAUCAUGGUCGACCACGCCGAGAUCUUCUGGUCCCUGUUCGCCGUCGAUAUGGAAAAAGUGCUGAGCGAACAGCCGCCCGACACCUGGCACAGCUUCCCGCUCUUCCAGGUACUCAACGAUUAUCUCAGGACCGACGACAAUCUGAAGAAUGGAAAGUUUCAUCAGCAUCUGAGGGACACGUUCGCCCCGCUGGUUGUACGAUACGUUGAUUUGAUGGAGACCUCGAUAGCUCAAUCGAUACACAAAGGCUUUGAGAAGGAGCGUUGGGAGGUUAAGGGAAACGGUUGCGCAACAUCGGAGGAUCUCUUUUGGAAGCUCGACGCUCUCCAGUCAUUUAUUCGCGGGCUUCAUUGGCCGGAAGCAGAGUUUAGACAGCAUUUGGAACAGCGUUUGAAACUGAUGGCUUGCGACAUGAUCGAAUCGUGUAUACAGAGAACGGACAACGCUUUUCAACAGUGGCUUAAGAAAAGCGUCACUUUUAUAUCAACCGAUUACAUAAUACCAUCCGAAAUGUGCGCCAUGGUUAACGUUAUUUUAGAUGCCAAAAAUCAGAGCUUUAAACUGUGUGCUGUCGAUGGCGUUGACGUGCAUCAAUAUCACACGAAAAUAGACGAUCUUAUCGAGAAGACGUCAGCCGGUAUGAAUCAAGGAAUGAUUAAUAAACUAGUUUCAGUAUUAGAAGCAACGUUAUCCAAACUGUCACGGUACGAUGAAGGAUCGUUGAUUGGUUCGAUUCUGAGCCUGGCGAAGGUAUCCGGUAGCGGGAAAGAAAAUGGUCAGGCUUAUGUGAAUUUCACUAGAAAUUGCAUGGAUCAAAUUCGAAGCAAAGUCAUAGACGAACUUUGGAUACUCAUCUUCUUCGAGCAAUGGUACACCGCGCAAAUUCAGAUGCUGUGCAAUUGGCUGUCGGAAAGGCUUGACCAUAGUCUACAUUUGUACCAGUGCACGUGUCUAGCUCAUAUUGUUAAAAAAAUAUACUCCGACUUUGAGUUGCAGGGAGUAAUGGAGGACAAACUGAACUCAAAGACAUAUCAAACUAUAUUUCAGCGAAUGCAAACCGAGGAAGCAACUUGUGCCUUAACCAUGUCCGCUCAGAACGAAGAAGGAUUUUCGGAAAACGGAAACGACGACGAUACCGACAGACCGAAAGCUAAGGUGACCGUGGUAGAGACCGUGGCCGGAGAUGACGCCAAUUACGUGUCAAACAUAACCAACGUGACGUCGAACGUUGUCGGUAAAGUUGGGAGCAUGUUUGGCAAGGGCAUCGGAGGCCUCUCCACGAAAUUUGGCGGUGCGAGCAGCUGGUUUUAGCUGCCUAGGUAUUUAGGUACACACAUUAGCGCCGAUCGACACGACAUACACACUCCGAUAAUACGGCACCUACUUGUGCACACCUUAAACCUACGCCUCGGUCGAUCAUUCGAUCGGCAUUGUUUCCCGAUUUUGGUUUUUAAUACCGGAAUUUCGUUGAUAAAAACUAAUUGCUAGUUUAUUAAACAAGGAGUCAAGUAGAACGAAUAAGAGAGGAAAAAAGAUACUAAAAUACAUAUACGCAUAAAUUAUUAUACCUAAAUAGGUUCGUAGAUUAUUAUUUAUAAUAUACUAUAAAUAGUUCUAUCGAAACUUUUUAGCGUUGUAACGUCUUAUAUAUUAUGAUUAUCGAUAUAAUUUAGAGUUUGGAUUAUUAUGCAGAUUAGCGGAUUUAACGCGAAAUUCAUUGAAUUCUCAUUUAAUCGAAUAAUGUGCAAUUUUAUUCAGGCUUGACGUGUGGACAGUUUACUUUCUUUCUUUCGUCAACUUGUCACAACGGUAAUAAUCCUCAAACAUACCGAUAAAAGUAAUUACUAAAAAUCCACACAUAGAAUAAUGAAUAUUACGUGUAAAUAAUUGUCCCGUUAUUGUUUCAUUUAUAAAUAUCGUCGAAAAUCAGAACUGCAGGUGAAUUUUAAGUGACGAUCUAUUGCAGUCAUUAACAUUAUACAUUCACAGCCGUCGCCAACGAUAAAUUAUAAAAUAAUAUGUUACAUACCUAAUUGGGAAAAAUUAGGGCCUAGCUACAACGAGGCGCGAUGAAAUAAUUCCCCGGAAGUAUAUUAUAUCGAAUGAAAUGACGAUGAAGCAAAGUAAAAUAUGAUAUAUAGAUAUAUAAAUUAGUAAUAAAAUAGAUUACGGUAUUGCGUAGUCAUGUAUAAUUAUUUAACGUUAAUUGAUUUACAUCGCUAUCAUAUACAACACAAAUAUCUGUUCGAAUAAUGAAGAAGAAAAAGAAAACAAAAACAAGUCAAAGAAUUAUUAUCGAUACGAUAUACAUACUUAUACUUACCGCAUAGUACACGAAUUUACAUAGAUUGUAAUAUUAUUGAUUAUCGCAUUACAUAAGUACGAAUACAGUUCGUUUACUACAAUAAAUUCACACACAUACAUUCACAUGCACACACGCACAUGCACACAUUCACAUGUAAUAUAGGUGAAUAUUUUUACCGUCUCAUUUUUUUAGAGUUUAUUUUUAACGAUCGAGCGAAGUGAUUAUCACCUGCAUUCCCUUGCGGAACUUACGGAUUGAAAUUCGAUUGAUUUCAAAUUAGAUGGUCUAAUACGCAUAGACAUAAAUGUACAGAAAUACGUACACGCAUGAAUAAUAGUUUAUCACUUUAAUGAUAUACAUACACAUACAUGUAUACAUAGGUACGAGUUAAUGAAUUUAAAUCUGAUACGAGGAAUCCUAGCGAAUUUUGUUCGAAUUUCGCCGUAAAUAAUCUGUAUAAACUAAAUAUCAUCUAAAUAACUAAAUACUUUACCUGUAGUAAGAAAGGCAAAGAGAAAUGAUGAUAUCUUCUUAUUCGCUACUCAGUAAUUACCCUACAAUCUUACAACAUUCAACUCCUAUAAACACGAUAUUGAACUGAUCAGUGAAAAUAGUGUGUUGAAAAAAGUUCAUUGACUGUUCAUUCUAGAAUGAGGCGAGAGAAGGAAAGCGGAGUUAAAAAUAUAACUUAAAAAGUAUAAAGGAAAAUUCCAUUUAUUCUUCGAUAUUUCAUUACAUUUACUCUACGGGUCUUUCGGAAGUAUCAAGCUUCGUACAUACGAUUCUCUAUUUCAUUUAUGAUAUAAAUACAUGGGAAUUGAUAUCAAUAUUCUACCGAAAUAUGCACAUAUACUCGAGUUGUGUGUAUUGCAAGUAUUGCUCAUUGUUAUUAUUAUUGUUAUCGAAUCGUUUCGUUUGAAGGUUUGGAUAGAGCUGGAGGCUGAAGACAGAAUUAAAAUGAAAAGUAUAACACGAAAAUAAAUGAAAAAUCUUCCGACAUCCACUUUUGGCAAUGACUGUAGGUGGCGAUGGAUGAACGCUCGCCUUUCUUCGGGCUUGAAUAAACCAGAACGUAAAUAAUAAAAGUGAGGGAAUAAGCAGCAAAGAAAUCAUAUUAAGUAAUAAUCUAUUACCAAAAAGAUGAUUAAAAACUAAAUAAAACAUAAUAUAUAUAUAUAUAUUAUAUAUUAUGAUUAACAAUUAUUAUUUAUUAUAAAAGCGUUAUACUAUAUUGUAUUUAAUUUCUCGUUACGUUAUCAUAUUAUAUCAUAAUUACACCACACGAUGACCGUUAACGAUUAGUAAAAAGGAAAAUAACAAUGAUAACAAUAAUUUGUUAUAUUAUAUUAAUCUUAUAAUUAUAUUCUACAUUUAGAUAAUUAUCACAGAGUAUAUUGCGUAGAUGAAGAAUUGCGUUGAAAACUCUUAUAGUGGGUUGAAUAAAAAAUUUAAUUAAAAGCGGCCGAAAGCAGUACCGUAACAAUGUGUCGUCGUCAGGAUUAUGUUGUACUCGCAAUUUAAUUGACCCAAUGAAAGUUCUUCAACCUUUCGGCAUGUAUAGUUGACUCUGAAUAAUACAUUUCGAUUGCGUAUCCAGUGAUGAUAAUAAUAAAAAUAAUAAUAAUAAUCGCGUUCGUGCAACUUAUAUACAGCUAUUAUAUCUAUAUUAAAGAAGAAAAUACCGCGUGGUUAUGAUACCUAGAUCGAAUAAAAAAAGGUACGCUGCCGCAGAGGACUAGGUUAGGGGUAAUUUACAAUUUACAUAACUAAUGUUCUAUCCUAAUUCUAUUUAACUUCGUCUAUCAACUGUUGUUCUCUCUAUCGUUAAUGAAAAUCAGUCCAAGCGCUGGAAAUAAAAAAAAAAAAAAAAAUUUAACAAAAAAAUGCUAAUAAAAC